CCCCUCCAUCUUCCAAAGAUACUCAUAUCCUUUAAAGCAAAACACUCAAAACAGAAAGGGGGGAAAUUAUUAUUUAUCUACUCCAGUCUCUAUCUUCUCCCACUGAUUUUACCUCUAGCCAAAUUUUGAUGGGCAAUUACAAGUUUAAGUUCUCUGAUAUGAUCCCAAAUGCCUGGUUUCACAAGCUCAAACACAUUAGCAGACCAAAAAAUGAUAGUACCAUGCACAAGUCCAAGAAAAUGAGCCUUACCAGAACCAAAUCCCCUGCAUUUUCUUCAACAUUGUCACCACCUUCUGGAGGGGCUGCGGCUGCUUCGCCGCAGCCUCACCAUCAAAGAAAGUCCUACCAUUUCACAAGAGACCUUCCACCAACUCCUGAUAACAAUUCAGCUUCUCAGCUUUUAGACCAGCCAAGAAAAUCAACAAGGAGGAGAAGAAGCAUCAAGAAGAACAGGCCAUCAAUAAGAUUAGCCUCAUCGCCGAGGCUGCUGAUGAAUGCUUCUGUUUCUACUGAUUGUAGCUGCAGAGCUAGCCUGGAUGAGCACCACAACAAUAAUCCUACUGAUAGCUGCUCCUCUGAAGAGACUGAUCUCUCUGUUUUUCCUUCAGAAAAUGGUGACAAGCCAUUUGAUAUUAUGGUCUCUUCUUGUCACUGCAGAGUCAAGAGUGACAUCCCCAUUGACAUGACCAUGACCAAAGAUUCUAAACUCGAAACAUUUGAUUCAGUUUCACAGUUUGAGCUCAGGCCCAUCAUCACCAAGACCAACAAGAUUGACACAACUGAUGAAGAAGUGUCCAAGAUGAGGAUUUCACACUCUUCUCUCAAAGAAAAAAGGAACUUAAAUUCUGCUAAAAGGGUGAAUACUACUUCUUCACCAGGUGUGAAGCUGAGGACUAAUUCUCCGAGAUUAGCAAGCAAGAGAUUUAUCCAAGUCCAUCACCGGAAAAGUGUGUCAUCCAGUGGUGUGGCACGGAGGAGCUUGGCGGAGAGUUUUGCAGUAGUGAAGACCUCACAAGACCCUCAUAGGGAUUUCAAGGAUUCAAUGGUGGAGAUGAUCAUGGAGUACAAUAUCAGAUCAUCGAAAGACUUGGAAGAUCUUCUUGCAUGUUAUCUUUCACUCAAUUCUGAUAAAUAUCAUGAGCUUAUUAUCAAGGUGUUCAAGCAGAUCUGGUUUGAGAUUACUGAUAUUAGGUUUAAGUAAUCUUAUGUUAAUAACAUUUUACUUAAGAUCCUCAAUUGUAUUAUCUUGUGCCAUACAGAGCACUAGCUAGCUAGAAAAGUCUUUGCUAGAGACUUCUGCAUUUUCAUUUAAUCCAGUAGCUGAUCCAUCAGCUUGAAAACUGUAAAUAAAAUCCUUAAUUAUAAUUAUUUAUUUAUUA